CAGCUGAAAAAUAUUUUGUUUGGAUGAAAGUGCGUCUCGAUAAUAAAUCCUGUGGCGAACUCUUCGAAAGGCCAGCGAGCACAGCAUUCAAAGAGACACACGAAGGACGCUGGUGGCAGCUUGAAACGUUCCUAAAUCGGUCGGAAGCAUGGAAGGUAACUCUUACGAUCCGCUGCCGAACAAUUCCACGGCAAGUGCGACGGACGGUAGUAGCGAGCGCGACAUCGCCAGCAGGCGGAAUCGACUGAUGCGCAUCACCCAGCGAACGAUCGACACGGACGACGAUAGCAGCAGGAGCAGCCGUAACAGUAACCGGAGCAACAGCGAUGGUGAGGACAACAACCGUGGACUGAUGAUGGAAGAAGCGGAGAAUCCUGCCGAAGAAGAACAAUUCGAAAUGGCCAACAUCGUUUCCGGGCAGCAGGCGGAUGAGGAAGCCCGUCUGUUCGAGGACUACAUACGGGAGCGCGAAUCCACGGGGACGGAAAUCUACAACACAGAGCUUCCGACUGAGCAUGCCUAUCUGGGAAAGCUGGAGCGAGUGGAAGGAGUGGAUUACCUGGAACCGGGAAAACUGUACCGCAUGCCAAUUUACAGCCACCAUUCGGUGGUGUAUCCGGGCGAGAUAGUGCCACUGAUGCUGAACGCUUCCAGUCUGUACAGUACGGCCGGUACCGACGACGAUUCCCCCGAUGGGCUCAAGUUUGGGCUCGUGUUUCAGGAUCAGUACACGAGCAAGGGUCGGGUGUACGGUGUUACGUGCCAGGUUUACGAGAGGGGCGAUGAAGGCGAAUCGGCUCUGUUAAAAACAAUCGCUCAACAGAGAUUUUUCAUCGUGCGCCAAACAUAUGGUAGAAGAGCCGAAGUGAAGAUUCUUCCGGAAAUCGUACUACCAGACCCGUUGCUAAGCAGCUGUUCGAACGCAAUGGUUCGGUACGCUUACGGUCGGCGAAAAGAUCGAGUCACUAGCUUUAAGCGCAUGCUAGCUCAAACGAACGUAUGGCCAAAGUUUGUGUACGAUCAGUACGGCACGGAGGAGGUGCUGACGAAGGUGAAGCGUUACCUGUCGUCCGUUAAAAUCACGAGCGUACCGACCGAUCCAAUAAAGCUGUCGUUCUGGUUGGCAAGAAACAUCCCGCUGACGGAGGAGAAUCGCAAAAUGAUCUUUUGCACCGACUCGGUGCUUCGCCGUAUGCUCAUAAUCAACAAGGCGCUCGAUCAUAUGUGGUACUUUAUCUGUAAGCGAUGCGAUAGCGAGAUCGCCAAUUACAACGAUAUUUUCGCGAUGUCAAAGCAGGGCGUCCAAACGAGCUACUGCAAUCCUUCGGGCUACGUACACGACACACUAACCGUGCUGAAAACGAAGGAAAAUUCGACACUAACCGUUGAUCGGCCGUCUACAGAUUUUAGCUGGUUCCCGGGCUACUCCUGGCAGAUUACAGUUUGUGCAAACUGUCGGCAGCAUCUGGGCUGGAAGUUCGUAGCCACAAAGAAAAACUUUCUCCCGAAAAGCUUCUUCGGACUAUCGGGGAUCAAUAUUACGGUGAAAUCGCAUGGUGAUCUAAAGAAGAACCUACCAGACGCCAGUGACGGUGCCAAUGGAGGGCCAGCGGCUGCCAGCGGUAGCAACGACACCAGUAGGUUCGGCCGGAUAGUGGUAACGGCUGAGAACUACAGCUCGAGCAGUGACGAUGAUUAUUUUACCUUCGAUUAGCAGCGAAACGCAUCGACGGUUCGUUCGUUGACUCUGUGUAUGUUGAUUAUUUUUCUUUUAGUUUUAUAUUUCUAUUUCUUUCAAGAAGAUCGCCUGUAGUAGCUUGGCUACACCACCACACCUGUUUCGAAUGCGUUCUUAGCGUUCGAUUCUCCUUCCUCCUAUUCUUAAGACCCUUUGCUGACUCUCUGUUAUAGUAUUUCAUUUGUUUUGCCGUUUGUUUGAAUGUCGGACAAGCUCGUUUUAUUUUUUACAUCGUACCGUUUAGUGAAGAUUCAGAAAAAAGUAGUCGAAGACUGAUUUUGAAAUGCGAUAGCGCCCAAAAACACACGGCAUACCCCAGAGAGAGAGAGAGAGAGUGUGUGUAAUCAUAUUUAUUUAGUUGAACACCAAUGAAUCGCUUCCUCUAGUGCGAUUGCGAAAUCAUUCUCAAUCGGUGCGUAAAUAAGAGAAGUAGUUGGAUACGACCCAUGCGCACUGUGUCGCGUUCUCGAAGUAGAUCGAUCCUGUCCAGUGAAAGGAGGAUAGCCAUUUGCGGGGGACGUGUCUGUUUCGUAUCUUUUGUGCCGAAUACCACGGCCCAAUAGUUAUAGCCGUUUCUGAGGGUGAGUUUUCGCCAAUGAGUUGAAAAUAAAAUAAAUGAAACAUAUAAUGUA